AUGAAGUCGUCGUCUGUGAUAUCACUCUUCCUGGUGGGCUUGAUUUCGGGUAAGUUGUGACAUACAGUAAUGUGACCGUGUUUUGUCAUCAUAAUAAAUGCUCUAGUGUACGAUUGUUAAAGUAAUGACAAUGUAGUUGUGUUAAUGUUAUAGUUUCUCAUUUUAAUCCCAAAGUUCUUUACUUAUCACAAGCCUUUUACUUCGCUAAUCCAAGUUACUCAAUCAGAAGAACCCCUUCAGAGCGAUGACUAAUUCUUUAAUCAGAUUACGUUACAAAACAUACGUUUAGACAGUUAUGCACAGUAUUAUGUAGUCAACUACCCAGAACAACAAUACUACAAUCAACAGCCAACGUAUCAGCAAGUUUACCGUCCUCAACCAACAUACCAACAACAGUUUGUACAACAACCGCAAUACCAACAACAACAGUUCUACCAACAGCCCCAAUACUACCAACCACAACAGUACAACGCCCCUCAGACCCCGCCCCAAUACAUACCUCAGCAACAGUACCAACAACCUCAGCCCGUCCAACAACAAUAUCAACAAGUGCCAGUCCAGCAGUAUCAACAACCAGCUCCAGUCUACAAACAAUUACAACAACAAGCUGUCCCUCAACCACAGCCGGUUCCACAGCCACAACCGGUCCAAGAACAAGGUCCAAUCGAGAAGCCAGUCAAGGUGGUAUCUGCCAACACUUACGAGUUUGACCUCCCACCCCCACCCCCAACCAGAUUCUUGCCCGAUGAAGAACGAACCAAGAUCGUGCACAACGCCAAACAAGUUGAACAUGCUAAGCAAGUCAGACCUCACCGACCACCACACCGAGUCAUUUCGACCAGUGAGACUCGACCUCACAACAUAGUUCACGAGACACCACGCCCUACCACGGCACCACCAACAACUACCCUGCCACCAACCACAACUCCAGCAGCUACUACUCCAAUCUUAGAAACCAAUGACAACGUGUCCCACUUGUCACCCAAAAAGGGCGCCAGCAAUGUAAGUCCAUAUAAAGCCUGAUUUAACCAUGUUUUAGCCCAACAAGUACUUCCUUCAAUGCUGCAAAGACAAGAAGGUGGCCAAAUCUUGUGAAUCCAGGUGUAACUUUGACAAUAUCAACAAGAAAGUGGUAAGUAUAAUAACAUAUGAAUACAUUCUUGUAAAACACCAUUGAAAAGGUACUCGUUUACAUGAAGUCAUUAAAAAUUGAAUUUAGUUGACAGCCAUGUUCUUGGGAUCUGAUCCUUGCCCACAAAGAUAUGGACUUGACCUAUUUGCUUGCGCUGCUCAAGACUCGGACCACACACCUUGUUGUAGAACAAAGAAUGUCAUGAGGACUUCUGCUGGUGAGAAGUGUUUGGCCUUCUGUAACUUGAGGCCGGAUUCACACUUCCAAGCUGACGCCAGCUAUCUACCGUGCUGGGCCGUAUUAAACGACGUGAAAAUGUGCUUCAAAGACGCAAUAAUAAGUGGAGAAAUCAUCCAAUAA